AAAGAAUUAUCAAUGAUUUCAGAAAUUAAUUUAUAAGAAAUGCGUAUAACCAGAGUUCUGGUAUAACGUCAUUGUAAUAUUCUAGGGAAUUUUUUUACAUUUGUAGGGACUGACGUGCGUGCGACGUCAGCUGCGAUGAUCUUGAACAUUCUAAUUCACUAGUCAAACGUCAGAAUUGUUGCGACUUUACCGAGCUCUAGCAAAAUAUUGGACAUCUUGUAAAAAAAAAAUAGGAAAAGAGAGAGAGACAGAGUUGCGAAGUCGUCUUCUGCUACCUGCGAGAUAAUGUUAUACCGUUGAAAAAUGACGACGUUUCGAGCAUAUUCCGUAUUGUCGUGCAGGUGGAGCCUUGUCGUCGGGAUCUUGCUGCUGUGCGACAUAUCACGACAUGUGUCGCACGGCGAGGUCACAGCUAACCUAAACACGAACAGAACCGUCACCGAGAAUAAAACCGUGUCCGCGGUGACGGAUGCUCCGACCGUUCCAAAUGUCACAACGAACGUCAACGUAUCACCUGAAUUGACCAGUACGGCGCUAUCUACGAAUAGUACGAGCCACGUCGUCGGUCACAAUGCUACUAGCUCGACCACCACGAAACCAGCGUCAUCACCAGUCCCUUCCGCGAGCACGGCGCAACCUGACAAUGCCGCCAGCCACCAGAUUACCAUCGAUGAGAGAGGCGGCGCGACAUCGUCGAGUCCCAUCGUUGACAGGAACACAACGGAUGUUUCCAUCGUGUCGUCGCAGAGCCCGGAUGCGAUCGCUAACGCGACCAAUGUCACCACGACCACCGUUGCCCCGGCGGAGCCGGUCCUCCCCGACAAGGGCUCCGCCGAGGAGGAGCAUAACAGUUCCAUGUCCAUAUUCUUUGUACUGUGUGUCCUUGCGCUCGGCAUAUUGCUAAUACACCUGAUGCUACAGACUAAUUUCCAGUACCUCCCUGAGUCAGUGGUGAUCGUCUUCCUGGGCGCCGCAAUUGGCAUGAUCAUAAAUCUUAUGUCGCAUCAGAACAUAGCAAACUGGAGGAAGGAAGAGGCCUUCUCACCAACUGCAUUUUUCCUGGUCCUAUUACCACCCAUCAUCUUUGAGUCGGGAUAUAAUCUGCACAAGGGAAACUUCUUUCAGAACAUUGGCAGCAUCAUGGUAUUUGCCAUACUUGGAACAGCUAUUUCCGCAUUUGUCAUCGGCGCCGGGAUAUAUCUGCUAGGUCUGGCGCAAGUGGCGUAUAAGCUCAGCUUCGUCGAAAGCUUCGCGUUCGGGUCGCUGAUAUCUGCGGUAGACCCGGUCGCUACGGUCGCGAUUUUUCACGCUCUGGAUGUUGAUCCGGUUCUGAACAUGUUGGUCUUUGGAGAAUCAAUUUUGAAUGAUGCGAUUUCCAUUGUACUGACCACCUCCGUCCUAGAGUCCAACAACGCGGCGACGACCAGCGAAGCUAUCAUACUUGGCUUGAAUCGGUUCUGCCUCAUGUUCUUUGCGUCAGCGGGAAUCGGCGUGGUAUUCGCAUUGAUAAGCGCGCUACUGUUGAAGCAUGUGGACCUUAGGAAAAAUCCAUCUUUGGAGUUUGGCAUAAUGUUAGUGUUCACAUAUGCCCCAUAUGUUUUAGCAGAAGGCAUACAACUGUCAGGAAUUAUGGCAAUUCUAUUCAACGGAAUAGUCAUGUCGCACUAUACACAUUUCAACUUGUCAACUGUUACACAAAUUACAAUGCAACAGACAAUGCGAACGCUAGCCUUCAUUGCUGAGACUUGCGUCUUUGCAUACUUGGGAUUAGCAUUGUUCAGCUUUAGACAUAGGUUUGAACCAGCAUUAGUUGUUUGGUCUGUGAUCUUGUGUCUGAUCGGAAGAGCCGCCAAUAUUUUUCCAUUGGCCCUGCUAGUUAAUCGCUUCCGCGAGCAUCAAAUUACAAGGAAGAUGAUGUUUAUCAUGUGGUUUAGCGGCCUGCGCGGUGCUAUAUCAUAUGCAUUGUCGCUCCAUUUAGAGUUCAGCGAUGAAACACGUCACGUUAUUAUAACAACGACGCUCAUCAUCGUGUUGUUCACGACCUUGAUAUUCGGUGGAUCCACUAUGCCUCUGCUGAAAUUCUUAAGGGCUGAAAAGAAACAGAAGAGCAACAGCAGGAGAAAGAAAAAGGAUAAGGAAGUUACAUUGAGCAAAACGAGAGAAUGGGGACAAACUAUAGAUUCCGAGCACUUGUCGGAAUUGACGGAGGAAGAAAUGGAAGUAUCCUUCUUGCAAUCGCGGAUUCGCGGUUUUGCGAGAUGGGAUCUAAAAUUUUUUAUUCCAUUCUUUACGAGACGAUUCACGCAGCAGGAGUUGAAAGACUGCAAAUCGCAGAUGACAGAUCUGACGAAUCAAUGGUAUCAGGCUAUUAGGAUUAGUCCAAUAGAAUCGGAUGAUGAGGCGACUACGGCAUCAACCGCACAAUUGAAUUUGAAUGUCACUGGAACAGCUAAGGAGCAACCACACGGAAAAGAGAAAAACGGACGUCCUAGACACGGAGCUGAUGAGGAUUGGUCUGAUUAAAAUCCAACUUGUUCCUACAAGUAUAUUUUCUCCCAUGUGGAUCGUAUUAAUUCUUAUUUCACAAUUUAAUUUUUUAAUCGCGCAAUACUUAUUGAAUUGAUGAAGAUUUAUGCGAUCUGAUAAUGUCGUUAGUAUUAGAAAUGUGUACAAAUAACAGAUUUCUUUAUUUGUGUUAUCUUGUUAUGCGUAUUUAUAAUCAUUCUAAAAUUAAACCUUGUAUGAAAGUAAAAUUAUAACUGAAACAACGAAGUCUGCCACAGCAAAGUAUGAUGAUAGAAUAUUAUAUAGUUUACAGCGUAUUUUACUCAAUUAUAUUUAUAAUAAUUAUGAUAAUUUGUUUCAACAAGUAAUACAUUAUUCGAACAAACUUGAUGAAUUAACGGUGAUAAAUUAAUUUAUAAUAGUAUCUACUUAUUAUUAGGUUCUGUUCUUUUUUUACUUCUUGGAAAGUUCAUUUUUUUCCUUUUCUUUUUCCGUUGAAAAGUAAAAGAAAAAAAAUAAACUGUGUAAGAAGUUCAGCUAAAAAGAGAACAGGUCUAUAAUCUCUUUCACAGGAUUGUAAUCGUAUUUGUAAAAAAAAAUGCGUUAUUAUGCCACAUAUGUGUCAGUACUAGUCAGUAUUUUUAUAAUAUGAAAUUGACUUCUUAUUUGGUCUCGCUAAACAUAUUUCCACAACGUUGAAAGUAUUUUGAUCGGAACAAACAGAAAAUGUGAGAAAUUAAAAAGAUUUGUUUUCUAGUUAUUAACUACCUGCGAUAUUGUGUUUUGCAAAAAGGGAAGAUGUACAUUGUCAUGUGAAUAGUUACGAGUACGUGUUUCGUAUCAUAUCGUUCGUGGGAGGGAUUGCGUUAUCUUACUUCCUUGAGGCCGAGCGUUAACCCAGCGUAUAAAUUUUGUAGCUAGAAACCAGAGCUGGCGGAAGAUACGCGAGCAUGUCCUACGUUCUACCGUUACGAGAAUCGAGUGAUAUAUAAAUGAUAUUGCAUUUGGCAGGCAAUAUAUAGGUUUACAGUAACUAAUGGUGUACACAAGCGGGAAGAUAUAUCAACCGAGUUGCGAGACUAAUUCUGUUCAAGUAUUCUCACUCUCUUCGUCCAUAUUUAGACAAAAACAUGAACAUAUUGUACAUUACACUUUGUACAAUCGUAGUCACAUCCAGGGACAAUAAAGGUGAUAUAAUUUGUGAUAUAAUAAACUGUAAUAAUAAACUCACCUAAGCGAAA